AUGAGAGCCCUCCGAGGCAGCUACCGCAGGCCCCGUGGCUUCACCUUCACCUUGGCCAUGCUGCCCGCGCCGCCCCCGAAGGUGCGCCAGACCUACCAGCCCGACUGCGAGGCCGCCGUCAACAGCCAUUUCACCCUGGAGCGCCACGCCUCCUCCGUGUGCCUGGCCGUGGCCUUUUACCUCAACCGCGACAACGAGGCCUUGAAGCACUUCACCGGGUUCUUCCUGCGCCGCUCCCACGAGCACAGCGAGCGGGCCCAGGGCCUGAUGCGCCUGCAGAACCAGCGCGGGGGCCGCCUCCACUUCCAAGACAUCAGGAAGCCAGCCAGUGACGAGUGGAAGAGCGGCCUCAAGGCCAUGUGGUACACCUUGUGCCUGGAGAAGCGCGUGAACCGGAGCCUGCUCGACCUGCACCAGCUGGCCACCGACAAGAGCGACCCCCACCUGCGUCUCUUCCUGGCAACUCACUACCUCGGCCAGCAGGUGGCGUUCAUCAGAGAGCUGGAGGGUCAUGUCACCACCCUGAGCAUGAUGGGGGCCCCGGACGCCGACCUGGCAGGGUACCUCUUUGACAAGCUCACCCUGGGCGACAGCGACAAGAAGAACUGAGCCUGGACUUCCCCAGAGCCACGGGGUGACCAGAGCCCUGGUCACCGUGCCUGCCAUGCAGACGGCAAUAGUGCCCUUGCAGAAGAAGUUCCCUUAAGUUUUUUUGUUUGUUUUUUUUGCAACAAGUGCAGGACUCUCUUUUCCUGGACUUUAUUUUAUCACUUA